ACCAGGGACACUCUCACACUACCCUGUCCUGUCAAGUCUGUCAUAACCUGACCUGUUUGGGUUCUCCGCAUCUCCAUCGUUCCCCUGGCUAUUUCUCAUUAUCAUCUCCCUGCUUACAGAUCCGAGUCUUCCCCGGUGCAAUCGCGUAUAAACGGCAGCUUAGAGGAGAGCUCUGCCCUAUCUUGACCAUUUUGGGGCCGAGACUUUACAAUGGGGAUCAGAGUUUAGCUUGCAUACCAGUCUUUCGUUUCAGCCACGGUGCCAUCACAACAAUGCUGCUAAACUGGCCAAGGUGCUUACUGACUGACUAUGAUCGCGUCCGGUGAUGCUUUGCGAUCGGAGGAACAGAUCUAAUUAUUCCCGGAUCAUGCACCAGUACUAACUCACCCGCCUCGAGGAUCUACCUAAUCAUCUCACUGACGCAAAACUGUCUAUCCCAUGCCGUCGACGAGUUCAAUGCCCAGCCGCUAUUUGCGCCCUUGUUGAUAAUGUCUUGGCACACUGGAACACCAUGUCCAGUGUUGCUUACUUGUCUCGACGCUAAGUGGAAUUCAGUUGUCUUUCCUUACUGAUGGCAGCUUCAAGUGAAAGUUCUGUCUUGGCGGCCCUGCAUAGUUGCCGUUCGCGGACAAUCGCUCGCGGCAUUUUCCCGCUUGAGCUUUUUGUGAGAGCCGUAGGCAUCUUCGCGUUCUCCAAGUGGAGAUGUGAUGUGAUAUGUAGAGAUGUCACAGCAGAUUCCAGCAGCCUGCAUCCCGAGAUGGAGGUAACAAUGCUCAUGGGCAACACAGACAACUCCCUUGUCCUCCCUUGCGCUUCUUCCUUGGUUUCUUCGCCCAAGGAUCAGCAGCUUCCAAACCUUGAGGUCGAAAAGAGUCAAGGCCCAUUAGAGCCGCUGUGCUUGGUGGUGGUCUAUACGAACCUGUCUUGGUUUGUCUUGAUUUGUUUUGCUUUUUCGCGGCGCGACCAUUGCCUCCCCGACAACGCCACUCAGACUCCCACCUCAUUCCUGUCGUCAGGGCGUGGCCGUUAGUUACAUUCAUCUCUUCCGCUGCCAGUGCCAGUGCCAACGCCAGUCCUGAUGCCAGUAUCACGUCCUUGGUUACCUGCUAUGUGCAACUGCAACAGACCCCGCCCGCCCAUUCUUUGACUUGUCCACUGCAGCCCAAUUUCUUGCUUCCAUCCCAUGGCUGUCGACGUUUACAGUACGUACUUGUACAUGGUCUCAUCGAUCUAACCGACUAAUAAGCCCCUGCCUCCCUCGAUCGACGGUGUCUCGCCCUGCAUGUCCACUUCUAGCCACUCUUAUAUCCACUAUUCCCUGAUGACUUGCGAUUAAGUUCCAGUCCGAGUCAAAUCAUAUAAGUGUCGUCGUGCCCUUUGAGUUCGCCCUCUUCUAAAUGCCAAGGCAGUGAAUCACGUUAAUUCGUGGUCUGUUCUUGUUGUUGGGUCUUGUUCGUCCCUGCAUCAGCCUCCAUGUCUGUGCUUGCUCCUAGGAUUCCAGUGGUUAUAUACUUAUACAGACAAGAUCCAAAUUCACGCGAGGCUUCACCAUCGCCCUCAGCAUCAUCUACUCCUUCGAAAAGACGUUCAGUCUCAAGUAUGACAGGCUUGCUGCCGCUUGCAUUACCAGCUCCCCGCUCAGAGACACCAAGUAUUCUCGACGAAGAAGUCAUUGACGACAUGAUGGAUUGUUUUCCCGAGAUGCUAGCCAGAGAUCUGGAAAGAUCGAGCUCAGUGUUCAUGGCAAAGAACAUGACUGCUGGUAUGCCUUCCGCUCCUGUGUGGUUUGCAGAGGACCAGGUCACUCGGGGCAUAAUGGGACCAAGUCGAAUUAUUACUUCCCCAUAUCAAUCCGGAUCCGUGCGAGUACAGAAUUUAGGGUCGAUAGAAGAGCGGCAGUCAAUGGUGUCUUUUCUUGAACAUCGUGGGCAUGGUGCUGAUGAAAUUGAAUCUGACGAGGAGUCCGAAUCAUCAUCAGAGUCCUCUGAAGCCAUUGAGGUACCUUGUAUCAAGUUACGCGAGCAAUCCAUUGUCACAACAGCGACAUCUCUCACAUCAGCCAGUGGAAACCCACCAUCGCCCAAAGAUCUCUUGUCGCCCACGCGAGGACAAGAAUACAGCUGGAUUGAUAUUGAUUCUGACGAUGACGAUGAGCCUGAGCCUCAAUUUCGGGAGCAGUUGGCCACGCCAAAAGAGACUGCUGCUUUAUCACCACGACCUCCUACACCACCAAACACCGAGCCUACCUUUGAUAUCACUGUCAUGAUGGAGGCGCCCAGACCUCGCCUUCACAGAGCCUGCUCUUGCAUUGACGAGUCUCCCAAACUGAACAAACACAAAAGGCAAUUCUCAGUCAAAUCUAUGGACGCGCCAACUAUCCCCCCCCGAAAAACAUCCCUCACAAGUGCGACAGAUCCAUUGGACACAACUCCUCGGAUCGUAAUACCCAGCUUUGAUUCGCGGAUAGGCCCGGACAGUCAAGGUUACACCAAGCAGUCACCCUCUUACACCCAGCGCUUUCGCGAUGAGACCGACAACAACACAAUCCUUCUCAAAUCAGACUUUGGAUCAAUUGAGCUAGAAAUCGAGGACGAAGACACAUUCAUGGAUCACUAUCCACCUCCCCCACCACUGUCACGACCUGACACAGUUUAUAUCGAACAAACUCCACCACCAUCACCACUACCCACUGUCGAAUCGUGGCUAGACGACUCCAAUCCUCCAUGUCUUCCUCAAAUUCCCGUUGACGACUUGGCAAAGGCCGUGCCGCUGCCGCCUGAUAUUAUCGAAACACUACGAGUGUCAAUUGCUUGCUUCCCGGAAACAAUGCUCUUGUCAUCUAGCUUGACAACAGAAACAAUUCGCGCCUACUCAAAGAAAGUUCGGCAACCGUCAGUCGACGCUUGGUCUGAGCCAGCUACCGAUUCAUCGACGCUGCACCCACGAAAGUCAAUCUGGAAGAAGGUUGUCUCACAUGGUCGCGACUCAACUAGCACCAGACGUCAGCGGUUACACUCGUAUGAUAACAACACACAUUCGGGCGCCGCCGCAUCUCCAGUGCCUUGGGCCCCGUUGCGACAUGUGUUUUCCGGCUGCUCAGAUUACAUCUGUGAUGCCUUGUAUGCGCACAUCGUCGCCUACAACUACGUUUCACGAGUUCCCCGCAACCAGCCAUCAGGACAGCGAGCGUCAACCUCCGACUCGAAACAGCAGGGUGAGAAUAUCCCAAAGAAGGCUGCAUCGCUUCUAGGCCUAGGCACACCUCAGGUCAACCCCUCACCUAGUGUUGGUCGAUUCGCCAAGAAGUUCAGUGCUCCCCUGACAGUCAUGGGAUUCGGCAAGGAGGAAACAUCUACAGCAACUGUCCAAGACAAUGCGACACGAAACAUCGAAUCAGGUCUUCUUCGCUGUAUCUCUAGGCUAGUGGCUACAGCCAGGAUGAUCUCUGAAGGAGGUGCUGGGGAGGAGAGAUUAAUGGACACGGCGCCGCCACAGGAGGUUGAUAUGAUCUUCGUCAGGAGUAUAUGUGAGAUCGUUAGACUAUCAGAGGAGGCAUCAUGAAGCCUGGUCAUUGAAGUAGCACAACCUCCGGGGCAUUGACCCAAAGCGCUCUUUUCAGCAGCCUUUUUUUAUGUUCAUAUAUGGGAAUGGUGUUAAUGGUUGUAUACCCUGAUUGACAGGUUGGGACUUUUUACUUGGCCUGUGGACCAACGAACUCGAGAUAAUGCAGUCACAUCGACUCUGAAUUGAAACAUUACACUACAGUCUUACUUAGUACUCCUCUGCUAUUGUCAGCCAAGUGACGUCUGACUGUUUCAGCCCUUUCACCAACACUUUCCUAGAAACCCAGUUCCCCGUCUAACGUUGCACCGAGUCCAUGCAUACGGCUCGCCAAGACCGUCAUCCCAGACCAAGGGAUAAGAGGCUUGAAGCUAUCGAGGACAACAAACCUGGGGGAUAAUGAGGCUUUCGAACUACCAACAAAACUACUCUAACGUUUUUAAAGUUCCCCGUACGGGCGCAGGUCCCUGAUUAUCCGAAGGGGGAGUUUAUUCAGGCUGAGCUAUGGCGUUUUAGAUCGUAGAGCCAGAUGGUUCCCGGAGCUAAUAGUCUUACUAGGGGGAGCUAUAGUAUCUUAGCUCGGAUCGAAAAACUCAUGGUAGUAUUUCAGCUUCUCGGGUCCGAGGCUUGCCGUGAUUUGUAAUGCAUGUCAUGAGACGACGCCAAGAGAUCUAGGGAUUGUGUGUGAGACACAUGCCUGGAGUAUGUAUUUGUGUUUAUUGUCGGAGACAUUUUUCUAAAUCACGGACUAUGGCUAAUUCACCGAUCAUACAGCUAACGGUCCUUUGUCGUCGCCAAAAAGCUCAUCGUGCCACUUCACAGCGUGACCUGGCGUCUGGCACACGGCGUCCCAGUCUAUAGGCGUAAAGUUUGGCUUCUUGGGAGAGAACACGCGGGCUUUGCGCAGCUUAUCUUCUUGCGGCGAUUUAUACGCGAUCUUAUCUCCGUUAAGAUCGAUCUCUGCGAGUGUGGGAGGUGAGGAGGUUGGUUGGAGACGUUGGGUGAUGAGAUGGCGGAGGUGAGGAUAGUACCACAUCUUGUGCCACCAGUUCUUGAGUCUGAAACCUUUAAGCCCGUUUAUGUAGGCGUUGUGAUGGAUUGCGAUUGGUAUUGUGCCGAAGAAGAAGUCUGUGUAGAGGGGGAUUGUACCCCAGUUUGUAGAAGACAGGAGUUUGUCUUUUAUGUUGCGUAGUUCGGAUGGUAUGCCGUGAAUGCGAAUAUCCCCUGGAACGCCAGCUUUUUGAGAUUCUUCGCGGAUGUUGGUGUCGUUGGAGAGAUUGACGAAGUAGCCGUCUUCUUCGGAGGAACAUGUUGGUGGUGCCGUGGUGAAGUUGUAGUCUAGACCAAUACCAAACUCGAAUCGUUUUCCAAGGAGGGCGGCAUCUGCG